AUGAUAUUUUCACUAUACAUAAUCAAUAAAGCAGGCGGUCUCAUAUAUCAAAAGAAUUUUAGUGAAGGACUAAAAAAGUUGACUGCCAAUGAAUAUCUGGUGCUUGCUGGAACAUUUCAUAGUGUUCAUGCUAUAACAUCGAAGAUAUCACCGGUUAGAAAUGUUACUUCAAGUGGCCUAGAAGUACUAGAAGCUGAUACAUUCAAAUUGUAUUGUUAUCAGACACUAACAGGCACAAAAUUCCUAAUAAUCGCUGACUCCAAUCACCCAAAUAUUGAUCUCGUGUUGCGUCGUACCUAUGACGUAUACAGUGACUUUGUGAUGAAGAAUCCUUUUUAUACGCCUGAAAUGCCGAUACGUAGUGAAUUGUUUGAUAUGAAUCUGGCGAAAUUGAUUAAACAAGUAGGAGGAUAG